CGCCAGUGGCGAACCGGCUGCGGGGCCGCGCCCCGGCGCUCCACUAGGCACAGCCAGUCCUUGGCGCCUUUCCCAGCCGAAGAGUAGGCGGCGGCCGCUGUAGCUGCGCUGACACCCUUAGCCCUGCGCUCUCCCAGUCCCGCCCCCUGGCCGUUUGGUUCGGGAAAGGAGGGUGUGGAGGCAGUCCCGGGCCGGUUGCUGCAGUAGCUGCGUCAGGUGAGUCUGGGAGCCGCGGACACCGGGUGCCAAACUGCACGGCCCGGCAGGCGGGGACGAGAAGCACCUGCCCAGGAGCCGCCGGAGUCACCCCUCUGGAGUCGCGCCUAGCGUGGGCAUGCAGGCGACAGCCCCGCGGUUCGGGUUGCCUGUGAGGACCCCGCCGAGCGCUCACUCGCGUCCAGCCCAGGGCGGGAGAGAGCGCGGAGCCGCAAGCGAACCCGAACCCGGCACCGUCAACAGCAAGGGCGGCUACGACUUUAGGCGGGUGGCGAUCCGGAGGAAGUCCAACCCCUCCUACCUGCUGCCUGGGACCCCUAGGCCCUGGAGCAGGCCCUCGUCUCACCUGCACCUGGGACGGGCCGAAACGGACACCUUCAGGGUCCAGCCAUCCGCGGACGCCCCAGGCAGCAGUACCUGUCCAAAGAUCACCCUAGUUCCACUCUCCUUGAAAAGCAGCACAAGCACGCUGAUUGAUCAGAAUGUAUCUGAUGAAGAGGCUCAGGGAAUAAAUGGAAAAACGCCAGCAAAACACUCAGCUGCAAGUCCAAAGCCACAAGUGCCUCCAAAGCCAUUACACCUGCAGAAUCAGCCUCUGUCCAGUAUACACCAGGCCCCCAGGCAGAAAGCUUUGUCUAGCACAGCACCCAGGAUGGAGGAAGUUAAACCUGCCUCUGCUUCUUGUGUGUCAAAAGAAAAAUCCAGUAAGAUAUCAGAUCUCAUCAGUCGCUUUGAAGGAGGCAGCACAUUAUCAAGUUAUGGCGAUUUGAAGAAAACUUCUGCUAUGAACCUAAAUGCUCCUAGAACCCCCGGAAGGCAUGGGUUGACAACCACACCUCAGCACAAACUCCUCUCCCAGCACCCGCCACAGAAGCAGGGAGAUGAUCCAGACCCAGCUCAGGGAGCACAGACUUGUGUGGCUAACGGUGUGGUGGAGGCUCAGAACCAGAUGGAAUGUGAGGCGGAUAAAGCGGAUGCCGUUGGCCCAGACAUGCCUGUUCUGACUUCUGAGCCCUUGCUUGGUGUGAGCUUAGUGAAUGGAGAAAGGGACGAGAGCACCACAGGCCCGGCCUCACCCACAACAAACGACUGUGACGCAGAUGCUUCUGACAGUAGCUGCAGGACUCCAAGUGCAGACCCAGCCCUGUCCCUGGAAGAAGAAAGGGCAGACACAGAAGCCAAGGCACAGGAGAGGGAAGAUGGGGAAAGCCCUCUGGAACCAGAACAGCUGGAUCAGCAGCAGGAGAUGAAGGAGACAAAUGAGCAAAAACUUCACAACAUAGCCAAUGAACUCUUGCUUACGGAAAGAGCUUAUGUCAACCGACUUGACCUCUUAGAUCAGGUAUUUUAUUGCAAACUAUUGGAAGAGGCAAAUCGAGGCUCAUUUCCAGCAGAGAUGGUGAAUAAAAUCUUUUCUAAUAUUUCAUCAAUAAAUGCCUUCCAUAGUAAAUUCCUAUUGCCAGAACUGGAGAAACGAAUGCAAGAAUGGGAAACUACCCCUAGAAUUGGUGAUAUCCUUCAGAAAUUGGCGCCAUUCUUGAAGAUGUAUGGAGAAUAUGUGAAGGGAUUCGAUAACGCAAUGGAAUUGGUUAAAAACAUGACAGAGCGUAUUCCCCAGUUCAAAUUAGUAGUUGAAGAAAUUCAGAAACAGAAGAUCUGUGGGAACUUGACUUUGCAGCAUCACAUGCUAGAACCCGUUCAGCGGAUUCCCCGGUAUGAGAUGCUCCUUAAGGAUUACCUGCGGAAGUUGCCCGCUGAUUCUCCUGACUGGAAUGAUGCUAAAAAAUCACUUGAAAUUAUAUCUACAGCAGCAAGCCAUUCUAAUAGUGCAAUAAGAAAAAUGGAGAACCUAAAGAAACUUUUAGAGAUUUAUGAAAUGUUGGGAGAAGAAGAAGACAUUGUAAAUCCUUCAAAUGAGCUAAUAAAAGAGGGACAGAUCCUUAAACUAGCUGCUCGGAACACCUCAGCACAAGAACGCUACCUUUUCUUAUUCAACAACAUGCUGCUGUACUGCGUGCCAAGAUUCAGCUUGGUGGGCUCUAAAUUCACAGUUCGAACCAGGGUUGGCAUAGAUGGAAUGCAAAUUGUAGAGACUCACAAUGAGGAAUACCCGCACACUUUCCAGGUAUCUGGGAAAGAGAGGACGCUGGAAUUGCAAGCCAGUUCUGAACAAGACAAAGAAGAGUGGAUCAAGGCCCUUCAAGAGACUAUCGAUGCUUUCCAUCAGAGGCAUGAAACCUUCAGAAAUGCGAUUGCAAAGGAUAAUGACAGUCAAUCAGAGGUUUCUACUGCUGAGCUAGGGAAAAGAGCCCCACGAUGGAUCCGAGAUAAUGAAGUAACGAUGUGUAUGAAGUGCAAAGAGUCUUUCAAUGCGCUGACAAGGAGAAGGCACCAUUGUAGAGCGUGUGGACAUGUGGUUUGUUGGAAGUGUUCUGAUUAUAAAGCUCAGCUGGAGUAUGAUGGCGGGAAAUUGAGCAAAGUUUGUAAAGACUGUUAUCAGAUAAUAAGUGGAUUCACAGACAAUGAAGAAAAGAAAAGAAGAGGAAUUUUAGAGAUCGAAGCAGCAGAAGUAUCUGGAAACAGCGUGGUGUGCAGCUUUCUUCAGUAUAUGGAGAAGUCCAAGCCCUGGCAGAAAGCGUGGUGUGUGAUCCCCAAACAAGACCCGCUCGUGCUGUACAUGUACGGUGCGCCCCAGGAUGUCAGAGCCCAGGCCACCAUUCCGCUCCUGGGCUACAUUGUGGACGACAUGCCGAGGAGCGCAGACCUGCCACACAGUUUCAAACUGACCCAGUCCAAGUCUGUGCACAGCUUUGCUGCAGACAGUGAGGAACUGAAACAGAAGUGGCUGAAAAUCAUCUUUCUAGCUGUCACAGGUGAGACGCCAGAGGGUCCUAACGAGCAUUCAGCUACCUUGGACGAUCAUCCUGAACCUAAAUAAAAAUCAGAAUGCUGAACUCCAGUACUAGCCUGUGUGGGGGUCUCAAGAUUCACAGCUCAAGACAUUCCCAGCUCUUCUUACUCAUCUCUUAGCACUUUAUGUUGAAAAAGAGGCUCAUAAAGGUAUCUGUUAGGGGACUAUUUUCCUUAUGUUUCCCUGGUGAAAUUAAUGUGCAGAGCCAUUCUGCCAGUAAAAGUUGGAAAUAAUGUGAAAAUGGAGCAUUUUUUAAAUGAGCUAUUUCUUGAAUAUGUACUUUUGUCUUGGAGAAAAUAAUAUUAAGUGAUUAUAUCACUAUCAGGUUAGAAUAGGCUACUGUCUAUUAAGAAAUCUUUUAAUGUCUUCUCUUUCACAUGUAGGACUUGUAACAGUUUGAAAGAUAUACCUCCAUGUUGCCAAAAUAGAUCCAUAGUUAAAAAAGUUACAAGUACAAUUUAGGCUAUUAUAUUAACUUAUUUAAUUUAGUUUAUAAAACUGAAGCUGCAUAAAUAACGUAUGUCCUUUUAAAGCAAAAGAAAAAGGGCAGAUUGUUGGGGUUCAAACUUUUGACUUAAGAAGAAGUAAUACUUGUUUUUGUAGAAAUACUCUGAAGAAUAAAAUAUCUUAAGUAUAUAGUGAUUAUGUAUAUAUAGUAUUAAAUAUAAAUAUAUAUACUAUACAUGCUUUUCUCUUCAGAUUUAGGUUCAUAUUUGUCUCUAAUUUAUUUUUACAAUAUAAAGCAUGUUUAUCUUGGAAUUGGACAGUGUUCUAAAAUUAAAUGUUUUUUGGUGAUUUAUGUUUAACUGAUUGACAUCUAAGGGUAUUGGUAUUUUUAUAAUAAGAAACAGCAGUAAUUUAUGUGGCAUGGGAUAUAUUAGUGAAUUCCAACCAUAUUUUUAAAGUAUUAUUGUUUUGUUCUGUGCCUAUUUAAAACAGUGCCUCUCUUUGAAGGUGCUAAUAAUUUCUAUUUAAAUACAAGGUGAGGGUUUAAAUAAUGCUUCAGUCUUGCUCAUUCUGAGAAAAAGUGUGUUUUGGUCACUGGGACGGUCGAAGUCAUACAGGUUAUGAUACCUUUUAUAAUGCUCUAAUUGUUCCAACGGUUACUAUCAGCAUGAACAAAUAUUUUCUCAAAACCCUGAAUUGUACAAGAUACCUGACCUUCCGCAGGACUGGGACACCUGGAAACUACACUUCCUGCACUGCUCUUCAUUUCCAUAAGACUGUUAAGCAUGGUUAAAUGAGGACUGUAUGUAACUAACACUUAAGAUAACUGUGUGGGCCUGUCCCUUUGUCAGAUGUGAAACAAAAUUCAUCUGUGAUAACCUGUUUGGGGGGCUGGAUAGACAUUAAAGGAAGUUUAUGCUCAACUCUUUAAACCUCACCAGCGAAGAGCAGGGGAAACACAAUGUUGAAAAGCAAUGCUUUACGGUAGGUUUGGGAGGCGGGGGUCCAAGAUAAUUGAAGAGGGUCUGAGCAUUCUUUUCUCAUUUAUCCUUCUGGGGAAUCUUAAUAGACAAAAUGUAAUUCCUUGUGUUGAAGGCUGCUCUUCAUUAUAUUGUAGUUAUGACAAAAGUCUCCCAUUAAGUUGGCUAUUUAACUUAAUCCUUUUCUCAAAUUAGAUCUGGGUGUUGUUGUUUUUUUCCCCCAUUAACCCUGUUAUAUCCCAAAUAUCAUCACUUCGAAUGCAUCAGUCUAGAAAUCCACAAGAAUGACCUCCCUGUCUUCUGCCUUUGGGGAUUACACCUUAAAUGUAGCAUAGCUUCACUCAGAAUUCGAGAUUCUCACUCUUUUACUUAGGUUCUCUAAAGAAAAUUUGAAAUAGCUCCUAUUUCCACCCUCCCACCCCAAAGGAGCGGAUGAAUUGGUUCUGGCCGACGUGGCUAGGUUGCCUUCCUCCAUAAAAGGAAUACCAGCUGUGAUCACUUCCAUUAAACCAAAAACUUGGAGCCAAAAAGAGAUAAAGGCAACUUCUCCUAUUAAAUCAGGGACAGACUUAGAACUAUUUUAUGUUGCUUCUCUUUUCUAGUUGCCCGCCGUGUGUGUGUGUGUGUGUGUGUGUGUGUGUGUGUGUGUACACAACAUUGUGUUCAUGGGUGGUUACUGAGAAGGUUAAACUGUAGCUAUAGAUGAUGCUUUGGUUUUCUUACUCUCAAGAAGAGAGAAGCAAUAAAAAUGUAGAAGGAUUAUCAGGGGAAGAUGACUUUUGUUAAUGUGGAUAGAUCAGUGGAAAUGUAAGGGCCAAUUAGAAGAUUUCUGGGCCAGAUUAUUUCUGAAAACUGUGUUGAACAGCAGGAAGACUGUACUUUCCGGAUCAGUAAGUUCCUCUCCUGCAGUGGAAGUAACUCGGACAGUGUGGGCUCAGUAAAUAUCUGUGCUAUUUAAUUAUUGAGAGAACACUCAUGAAGAGAAUAUUUAUUAUUAUGCUCUUAAUACCAUCUCUAAUUUGAUUAAAAUAUUAUCUCUAAUUAUCUCUAAUUUAGUCAAUUCUAUUAUAAGAAGGGAAUUUCUGAUUCUCCAGGUACCAUCUUCACACCUCACCCCAUGUACCUGAUCAGCUGAGCACAAAUGGAAGCAGCCUCACCUGUUUUUUUGUUAGAGUCAUGGAUGCUUUUCUUUGGAGAAGGGCAAAGGCAUACUCUCAGCCAGCCAGCCAUUUAGUAAGCACUCAGCUAAACCCAAACCCUCAAAGCAUGACUGGUGACAGGAAUAAUCUCUGUCUUUUGCUUUCUGAGACACCUGAGCAGUCAUGACAGACUGAACCUGAAAAAGUAAUUGGUUGCUUGCCUAUUAAAACCAACAUUCCAUGUGGGUCUUACUAUCUGUUUUCUCUAAUUUGGUGCUUUCCAAGUCAUCUUUUCUUUAAAGUGCCCUUCCUCCAAAUUAAAAAAUAUAUACUUUUUUGCUAAAAACUGCUGUUCAUGAUAGAACAUUCCAAUUUUUUUAAAUGUAAAUUUUGCUUUACUGAACAUCUACCCCACUUGGGAUAUUAAGUAGGAAAUGUGGUGCAGACCGAUCUCCAGGUUUUAAUGAUGAAAAAGCCACCAGCCACUUUUGUGAUAAUAGCAUCUACACUGCUGUUGUGUAUGUAAGCAAUAAAACUCUUCAGGGUGUGUUUUUAUACUGAAAUUUUAAUGUGAGUGCCCCUAGCCACAGGACAUAGGGCAUGAACUCCUAGAAGUAACAGUGUGACUCACUGCUCAGUAUAGGGAGGAGAAAGUGUGUGAGGAGUGGGCAUAAGUCCUUGGACUCAGAUACCUGCUGGCAAGGAUGGUGAGGAACACGAGAGCACACCUGCACUGCUUUAUCAGCAGCCUUUCCUUUUACACGAUGUUUAAUGACACCCAGGUGGGUGCACUUACCUUCACUGUGUAAACUACCCCCAUUUUUUAAUACCCCUGUUUUUGAAAAUUACUGAACUUUUGAAAGAACUAGCCUUUUAAAUGUGCCCCAUCCCCAUCUAUAGAUAUACAUUGAAUUUUUUUAAAAGAAUACUUGCUGUGGUCCUAAAAAAAACAAAACAAAACUACAAACUUCAUAGUGCUGCAGGGUUGUUAAGGAUUCAGUAAUGCCUUCUAAAAAUCUUAGGUCAAAAAUACUUCUGCGAGUUCACAAUGUCUUUCUUUUUCUUGUCUACUUUGUGGAACAGGGUGUUUUAUUCUCUUUAAAUUUGAGAUCUCAUCUCUCUCUGUUCAAAGCCUUAAGUUCUUAUUCUGAGCAUAUUGUCUGUGAUAACUCUGAUAAUGAUCUUUCUGGGCUGGAUCCAUCCUGAGGAAAAGGCACCAACAGGAGAAAAUAAACUUCUAGGGAACAAGGGUCUUGUUUUUUGCAGUUAUCUUUGCUAUAAUGCAGAACAGAUUAUAAUGAAAAUUUCCUACAUCACAUGAUGUUUGUGUGAGUGAGUCUAAGGUUAAGCACAUGGUAUAUAUAAGCUAAAAUUAAUUCAAAGGGCAAGAAUGUCUUAAUGUUUUCAUUCUUAAAUUUUGUAUUCUUUAAGAAUGUAUCACUAUUAAAACUGUGGCUAACCAGGUCUUAUUCUUAGGGCUGUAUUGACAUCUGUAGGUGGACCAUAUUUCUUUAUUCUCAUCCAGUUUUAGUUGUAUCCAACUGCUUUUUAUUUUCAUAUUACUAUUUACUAGAGAUUCUCCAGAUUUGAAAAAUAUGUAUAUGAUAUAUAAAGACCACUAGAUCUACUUUUAAAACCCUCUCUGUGAAUUUCUGAGUAUAUGUAUAUAUGUAAAAAUACUGUUGAAUUCCAAUUCUGUUUUUUCAUAGAAAUGAAAUUUUUGUAGAAACUUUUUUCAGUUUGAAUAUUUUAACAUAAAUUAUUCACAUCGAUUUAUAGUGUAAUUCAUCCUUAUUUAUGCCCAUAAUCAUGUCAUGAGAUGAUAACGUUGCUUUUGUUACUGAUAGGGUAGAGAGGAGUAAAAUGAGGAACCAAAACACACAGGAAUGAACAGAGAGGUGGACGGAAGGAGACUGCUGGUCUCCAGAUCAGAGCACUGUGUGUUGAGAUAAGAGUAAAAUACUAAGCAGCAGAAGGGAUAUAAACUAUAAGAUAUAAAUCUAUAUAAUUGUGCAUUGGUGGGAUUUAUUGCACCCAGGCCUUUCACCUUGGCUUCUAAAUUAUAUCAUUAGUAUCUUGUCAUUAUUUCCUUUUUCCUUUAGGCUUAAAAAAAUAAUUUCAUUCUACUGGGUCAUUUUUGGCACUGUUUACCGAGGUAAAAAAUAAAAUCCCUGUAAAAUUCACCAUAGUGUUUUACUUUCUGCACUGGAUACGUGGCAGAGUGUAGUGUCUUUUUCGUGUUUUGAGAUGAAAGAGCACAUGACCUCGACAAGCUCGUUUUGAACUUGUUGGGUCCCUGAGUUAUAUGAUGGUCAUGCUUUUCUAAAAUGCAUCAUAGAUUGAAUUAGUAAGAUUAGGUAGAAUUAGUGAUGAAUUAAAUCAAGAAAUUUCAUUGUAGUGUAUUUUAAUAAGUGAGUACCAAAUACAUAGAGUGAUAUAUAUGUAGGUUUGGGGAGAGACAUAAUAUUCUGUAGGGACCAUUAUGAUGACAGAAUUGCAUCAUAUAUUACACAUUAUAUGGAUGUUGGAAUGUAUCACUCGGGGGGGUCUCCCUUCAUUAGCAAUCAUAUCUGUAUAUAAAACUGUGUUUUGUUUUUAUUUUACCAAACUAGCAUUUCAUUUUGUGAGUGACAGUUGAAUGAUAUUUUUGAAUAAGUGUUAUCUGGGUUUUGAAUUGUUGACUGAUCACUUUGAAAAGGUAUGUAAGAUUUUAGAAUUAACUCAAAUGUGAAAAGUGUACACAAAAGUAAUUUUUCUUUUCUAGGUGUAUGAAUGUAAAAUACUUGCAGAUAGUGUACAUACUGUGUAACAUAUGUAUAUUUGGUCAUAAAAGCAGAGAAUCGGAAAUGUAAAAUUAAGCACUUUAAUUCCUAUUAAAUAUUAAACAUUUGUAUCUUGUAAAUAAAUACAUCCUUAAAUGAA